GGGGGCUGCGCCCAAGCCCGAUCCGCCGCUCCGGCUCCGAGCAGUGGUCUCGGGGAAGGGGUCCUUGCCCGGCACAGAUGCGUUUGUCCGAGGGAGCUUUGGAGAUUCGGGUCAAGGCGUAAAGCCUGGGGCUUCCAAUGAUACGCUGGGCAGCGAUGGAAGCCUAGAUGCCUCACCGCAAGGAGCGGCCGAGCGGGUCCUCGCUUCACGCACACGGCAGCGCCGGCACCGGCACCGCGGAGGGAGGAAACAUGUCCCGGCUGUCUCUCACCCGGUCGCCCGUGUCUCCCCUGGCUGCCCAGGGGAUCCCACUGCCAGCUCAGCUCACCAAGUCCAACGCGCCUGUGCACAUUGACGUGGGCGGCCAUAUGUACACCAGCAGCCUGGCCACGCUCACCAAGUACCCCGACUCCAGAAUCAGCCGCCUCUUCAAUGGCACUGAACCCAUCGUCCUGGACAGUUUGAAGCAACAUUAUUUCAUCGACCGGGACGGGGAGAUUUUCCGCUAUGUCCUGAGCUUCCUGCGGACAUCGAAACUGCUGCUCCCAGAUGACUUCAAGGACUUCAGUCUGCUGUACGAGGAGGCGCGGUACUACCAGCUGCAGCCCAUGGUGCGCGAGCUGGAGCGCUGGCAGCAGGAGCAGGAGCAGCGGCGCCGCAGCCGGGCCUGCGACUGCCUGGUGGUGCGGGUCACACCCGACCUGGGCGAGCGCAUCGCGCUCAGCGGGGAGAAGGCCCUCAUCGAGGAGGUCUUCCCGGAGACCGGGGACGUCAUGUGCAACUCCGUCAACGCCGGCUGGAACCAGGACCCCACGCACGUCAUCCGCUUCCCACUCAACGGCUACUGCCGGCUCAACUCGGUGCAGGUCCUGGAGAGGCUGUUCCAGCGGGGUUUCAGCGUGGCCGCAUCCUGUGGGGGUGGCGUGGACUCCUCCCAGUUCAGCGAGUAUGUUCUUUGCCGAGAGGAACGGCGGCCGCAGCCCACCCCGACUGCCGUCCGGAUAAAGCAAGAGCCCCUGGACUAGGCCCUGCCCUGGGGAUGCCCCAGGGACUUGGAAACAGUGCUGGGGAGAGCUGCCCGUGUGUGCUUAACAGUGGGCACGAGACUGAGGGUAGGGGGGCCAAAGCCAGCCUGGAGAAUGCCAAGGCCCCAGGUGUCAUGGCAACCGCACGUGGGGCGCUGGAGGCAUGGCCCCCAGAGGACCGUUGAUGUGACCCAAAGAUGCUGUGGUGGGAACUCUGCACUGGUACCUGAUGCAGUGUCCCUUGGGACUCCAGGGCCUGCCCAGGCAGGGUCAGCAGAGGUGUCCCUGGCUGCUCUGGAGGAGCUGUUUAUCCUUCUCCAUGUGUGGCAGACUCUGCGACUCUCUUUGCGUUAGAGAUGGCUUAUUUUUCUACAGUAUUUAAAACAGAAGCACAAAUCAGAGAGGCCGACAAGGACCAAUGCUUCUUCAUCUGGUGCUCAGUUCUCAGUGGGACAUGCAACCUGCCCACCCCGUGGAGGGGCUGCUGGGUGCCCAGGCCUAGCCACCUGCAGAACCUGGGCUCCAAGGACAGACGCAGGGAUGACAGCGCUGCAGGAGCUGAAGCAGGGCCCUCAGGGCAGGGAUGCUGAGAGGAGGGCAAUAUGGGCAUGAGGGUCCUGCGGCCCUGUAACCACCUGAGACCCUCACCAUCUCUGCCGCCUGGGCUCAGGCUGCACUUGGUGGGUUACCCGAUCUACAGUGCCAGGGGCUUCCAGACAUCUGCGAGUACUCACACCUGGGCUCCUGGAGAAGUCUCCCCAUCUGGACCAGCCACAGGGCCACACGUUACCUCAAGAAUGGGUCACACCAUGAAGGGGCCCAUCCAUCAACAGUGUCCUCUGGGCUCCCAGCUCAGGGGACCGUCCCAGCUCGUUUUU